AUGAACUUGCACAGUUUGCAUCUGAGCAGCUUGGCUGGAGAUGCCAUUUUAAAGCGCACCGUUGUGCUAGUGCUUAAGGAAUUACUACACGAAGUGUUGGAUAUGGCCGAAUGGCAAAAGGCAGUACAGUUGGCGACUAUGUCGGACGUGGCAUCACUAUUGCCCAGUACUUUGGGUUCAACAAGGAAAACUGGCGCUCAGUUUCAAUACUGCGGUUCGUUAGGGGAUUAUAUUGACGAUACAGAGCUGACAGGCGAUGCUGCUGGUGUUCUGGCUGCACUUUUUAACGACGACAUGCCAGGAAUAGCUGAGAUCCGCUAUCCGUCGACAUACGGAUCGGAUGCAAUUAUAUUGGAUCCUUUGUUUGAUAGGGUUGCUACACAUCUCCUGCCUAAGCUCCAAUUCCUACGGAUCGAGGAGCCGUUCCCUGAAAAGCCUGGCAGCGCCUUUUCUGAGAGUCUAACCAAACUUUGGUGCAAUGAUUGGGCUGUCCAGAGUUCGUCUGAAGCUAUCUCGCUUCCUAACCUCAGCAAGCUCUCGAUUUAUCACGACAUUGGCGGAGAACCUCCGUGUUCACUCUAUACUGACAGUCUUCAAGUGCUAUUCCCGAGGCUCCAGUCGCUGCAAACGCUAGGUGCCACGAAUAUAUAUUCUGACUUUUUAACCUCACGCACUCUCGCCUACCCCUUGGCGGAUGUCAACCUCAGUGAGAAUCCUAAACAUAUCGACAGCAUCGAUAUCUCCUUGCUACUCACUCCGAGAACAGUUGCGCCUGGGCUCAGCAACUAUCCCGGCAGGGCCGAGCGCAAGGUGGACAAGCUCCUUUCCAAAGCACUGGCAUCCCAAGCCCAAGCAGUUGAGGCAAAAUUCAAGCUCUUCGAAUAUCGCUUUCCUGUCUUGAAUGGCAUUGGGUGGACAUGUCUGAGGCAAUCCAGCAUCGACAUGCUGAGAAUCCGUGUUGGUAUUGCUGUAUCGUUCAUACCGGCAUUGCCCAGACUCUGGUUCUUGGGUGUCAGGCAGAGCAAAGCCGACCCAGCUGAUAGAGACGAAAGAUACUGACAUGGUGGGGCUGAUGGCAAUGGUUUGCUUGUAUAUUCUCUGCUUGCCCUCGCACAAAAAGGUCUGGUUCCUAAACAUGCAGUUGCUGCGGUGGAGAAGUGGAGCGCUACUCUAGGUAGAACAAUUUCUGUAAAGCACUUUGUUCUCCUUUGAACAUUUAGCAAUAAAUGCCUUGUUUCCC